ACCAAUGCGCCUGUUCUGCUGUGGUACGAUAUCAGAUGAUCUGAUGCUGGCCGUCAGAAAUGAAAGUUGAAAGACACGGAUAAAGGACGUCCUUUACAAAUAACACGGAAGCUGGAGCACGAGUAUAAUCACCUUAAAUUUGGUUAAAGAUCGGUCUACCACAUAAGAAUAAACAAGCUUGUUAUUUGUAGAUGUCUACCCUGUGAUCAAAUGCUACAAAAUGAAGGCCUAAGAAGAGAAGAUUCCCAAGUCAGGGCACAAAUAUUGUGGAAAAGAGAAACCGACAUUUAAGCCGAGACUAAGGAAAGAAAAACAGUUACCAAUGAAUUAUUUCAAAGGGUUUGUUUCAAAUGUAAAAGGUUUUUACGAUGGCAUCAACCCUGCAACGCUGACAGGGGCCAUAGAUGUAAUAGUAGUACGUCAGGAAGAUGGAAGUCUUGUUGGGAGUCCAUUUCAUGUUCGUUUCGGAAAACUUGGUGUCCUUCGAGCUAGAGAAAAAGUGGUUGAUAUUUCUGUCAAUGAUCAAGAUGUUGAUUUACACAUGAAGCUAGGAGAUGCUGGUGAAGCAUUUUUUGUCCAAGAAUGUCCAGAAGAAAGUUUUCCCACUGAACUGGCAACUUCUCCUAUUCCUUCUAUGGAUGAUCUUAUGAGUGAAGGUGUGAAGCAGCUGCAUCAGGCAUCAAAAGAGCAGGAUAAACUGGAAAUUGAAACCUCAACCCAAGCAUUUACUUAUGGUAGCUGGGGUCAAGAACCAGGUGGGACAAGUAAUUCAUUGAGCGAGGAAGGGCUUUUGGUGCCAGUAAUUUCUGCUGAAAGGAAACAAGUUGAUGAAAACCAAGAAACAAGUAGCCCUCCCACCCCAAAGAAAGAUGGCACACCGUUGGAUAGUCCUGAGAAGCAUCAGAAUGUGAGUCCUGCAAGGGCACUUCCAGAUGGACCUACACCUUCUGUUAGCAUUCCCAUUCCAAAUGGAAACAAUAACAGAGUUAGAAAAAUGUCUGACAGUGAUGAUCAGCUCUCCAUUGCUUGCUCCCCUGAAAGUCUGGAUUUUUUGACAGGGGAAUACCCAUUUUCUGAUAUGGAUGUUCCCAUUGGCACUUCAGUUGGGACCACAAAUAGUGGAAAAGAAAGGGUUGAUCCAAGAAUGGUUCUUAGUGACACUGAGGCAGAAAUUGCCACAGCCCAACAGAAGGAAAGAGUUAAAGCUGAUACAGAUGUCACUUGGGAAUGGGGAGAACUCCCUCAGGGUCCAGUGAAGAUUGAAAGAGGGACACAAAAUGAAUCUGGAAGGAAGAAGCGCUCCGAGAAGACAUCAAAGAGCAAAUCAAAGCAUCUCUCUGAGGGUCUCUACCUUGACGACGUUUUACAAGCUGAUGCUGAAGUGGCUGCAUUGUAUCUCAACAGGCAAUCAUCUUAUCCAGAAAUAGAUAUCGACUCUGGAAUAGGGCAAGACUCCAAACCUGUGUCUCCUAUUGAGAGCUAUAAAACUACAGAUAAGAAAAAAUCUAAUCAAGAGAAAGAAAUUGGAUUCGAUGCGAGCAUAUCUCUAUCUCUGUGCGGUGACCUAAAGCGUGGAAAAGUUGACUCAGAGAAAUUCAGGGAGGCUAUGGUGUCAUUUGAAGAGUUUUGCAAAAACCCAAGCAUCUUAAAUGACCCCAAACUAGUCAUUAAAAUGAACAACAAGUAUUAUAAUUGGCAAGUUGCAGCUCCAUACGUCAUGGCAUUAGUUGCAUACAGAAAACCACUACAUAGGGAAACAGUUAAGUCAUUAAAACAGCAAUAUAUGCCUAGAAAAAGAAAAGGCUGGUUUUCUUGGCGCACUACGAACGACGAACAGGACUCAUCAGAUGAAGACGAAAUCGGUGCAAAGAAAGCUGAAAGACCCCAUCGGGUCAGGUCUUUUAAAUCUGAUACGUCUACAGAGUCUGAUGUCUCACAUCACGAUCAAAGAGGAAAAACAAAGGAUAGAUAUAAAAAGGUUACAAGGCUGUCCUCGAGUCAGUGGGCUUCGUUAGGCCUUAGAGAUGGUGAAAACAGUAUUACGUUUUCAGUCACUACUCAAUAUCAGGGCACAGCCUCUUGUACUGCAAAGAUAUUCUUAUGGAAUUGGUGUGACAAUAUAGUGAUAUCAGAUAUAGAUGGGACAAUAACAAGGUCGGACGUUUUCGGACAGAUUUUACCCUACGUUGGAAAAGAUUGGUCCCAAGCAGGUGUGACUGGACUGUUUACUAAUAUUGCAAAAAAUGGCUACCGGUUUGUUUACUUGUCAGCUAGAGCAAUUGGCCAGGCUGAACUGACCAGAAAUUUCCUUCGAAGUGUUCAACAAGGAGAGUUGAGACUUCCCAGUGGACCAGUUCUCCUCUCACCAACUUCCCUCGUAACAGCUUUUCAGAAAGAAGUAAUUGAGAAGAAACCGGAAGAGUUUAAAAUUGCAUGUUUGAAGGACAUAAAAAAAAUAUUUCCACCAAACAGAAGCCCUUUCUACUCUGGAUUUGGUAACCGAGUAAAUGAUGUUUGGGCCUACAGAGCUCUUGGCAUUCCGAUAUCUCGAAUUUUUACGAUCAAUUACAAGGGCGAAAUCAAACAUGAGUUGACAUGUGCAUUCUCAUCUUCGUAUGCAAAGCUUGAUAGCUUGGUUGAUCAGAUCUUUCCACCAACCAUUGACUCAGUGGCUAUUGAUGAGAUAUGCUCAGAUUUUUCCACUUUCAAUUACUGGAAAACACCCUUCCCUGAUGUGGGUGAUAACCUAUCCAUAUCAGAUGACGAGAAUAUUGGUCUAUAAUGAAUUGCCACUAUGCAAAACUGACGACCUACUGUGGCGUGGGAAUAUCAAAUAUCACAAUCAACUUCAGCUCACAAGCAGAUACAAAUUGUCAAAUAGAACAGAAUAGUAUAUGAAUCGUGCUGAACACUGGCAAAAUGAUAAGGGGCUGUUCCACAAUUACGUCACACUGAAAUAGCCUUUUUUGAGGCAAACACCCCCCCCCCCCCUCCUCUGCCUAAUAAACUCGAAAUUUUAGUGUAAUGAUAGGGAUAGAAGAUAAGGUGAAGAAAUCUUAUUCCUCUUUCAUAUGUUUUCUAACUACAGUUUGUGCCAAUAAAUCAAAAAAUCUAGUUUGUAUAACUUUAUGUCAACGUGGCAACAGCAAACACAUACCAUUGUUAUCAGUCACUUGUCCAAAUUGGUUCUAUAUCAUCCAAUACAGGGUUCCACUUUCAUGAACUAUAUCUGAAAUAUUACCCUCCUCAACAUCGAUAGCAUGCUACUCGAACUGUUGAACGCCAUCACACAUCACUUUUAGGCGGCGGGCGGAUUUUUUUUACCGUGAUGCCAAGAACUUGAAUCAAGUAACACCCACCCCCACCCCUAAUUUACCAUCAGGGAGAAUCACGAAAAACGUGUUGAGCCACCUACCCCCAAGGUGUGACUUUUUUUAUUGAACAGCCCCUAAAUAGAAUGUAUAGAAAUCUUAAAUUCAAGAUAUUGUUGUAAAUACAUUAACUGAUAUAGGAUAUUGCUUUCAAAGAGCUUUUUAACCCCGUCUGUUUACCUUUUAUGCAACAUA